UUAUGUUGAUGAAUUCUAAGCUCAAAAUUGUUUUCAUCAUCUCUCUUUCUUCAUACUUUUCCUCCUCUCUCUCUCAACUCCUCCUUCUCUCUUCAUAUUCUUUUGAUCAUCAUCACACAAAACCCAUUUUUCCUAUCAAUUAUUAUUCUUUUAGUACUUCAAUUUCCAUCCUCCCACAUUUCCUCACAUUUACAAUGCAACAGUUGGUUCCUCCGUGGCUCGAAAAGCUUCUCGGAACCGCAUUUUUCUCGAUAUGCAGGACACAUGGUGCAGCCGCAAGAAGCGAAUGUAAUAUGUAUUGUUUGGACUGCAAUUGUGAUGCAUUUUGCUUCUAUUGUAGAUCUUCCCGCCAUAAAGAUCAUCAAGUUAUUCAGAUUAGAAGAUCAUCAUAUCAUGAUGUUGUGAGGGUUUCAGAAAUUGAAAAAAUGUUGAAUAUAAGUGGAGUACAAACAUACGUCAUAAAUAGUGCAAGAGUUUUAUUUCUAAACGAAAGGCCACAACCCAAAUCAGGAAAAGCAGUUUCUCACAUUUGUGAAAUUUGUGGAAGAAGUCUUUUGGAUGCUCUUCGUUUUUGUUCACUAGGCUGUAAGGUUGUAGGAAUAAAAAGAAAUGGCAACACAAGCUUUAUGUUAGAGGGAAUAUCAUCAUCCACAACAACAACAACAUCAAGAUUAUUGAUAUCAUCAUCAUCAUCAACAAGAAGAGGAGAAGAAGAAUUGCGUGAAGGCUCACAACAAGACAUUUACCCGCCCACACCUCCUCCACCCCCUUCAACUUCUUCUAAUAGGAGAAGAAAGGGGAUUCCUCAUAGAGCUCCUUUUGGAUCAUAAUAUAUAUUAUAUUAUAUAUAUACACAAAGAAAGUAAAUUACUCAAUUACCCUACAAAAAAAGCAAACAAAACAAAUGCACCUUAAAUUAAAUUCCCCUUCUCUACUUUAUACAACUCAUCAUCAACAUUGACAAUUUGUUUCACCAAAACAUUUACCCAUCUUUGGAAUCCCUUCCCCAAGCCUUUCUAGGCUCUCAUUUUAUAUGUUUCUCAUUCAAGAUAGUAGCAUCGAUUCGAGGUAUCUCAUAUGAUAAUGAUGCUUUAAACUCGUAAUGUGCUACAUGUGACGCGUAAUUUAACUCAAUUAAACAAUUAAUGUAAAUCGUUAAAAAUGCCACAAAAAAAGGUACAUUUAUUAUUUUCAUUCAAGGUAUAUCGAUCGGUCGUGAGUUGAUCGAUGAUUCUUGGCCGGGUUAAUUUGAUGAGGUUUAAUGAAAGAUGGAAUGUAAUAUAAAGACACAAAUCAAGUCAUCUUGAUUUUGUAUCGACAUAUUUAACGUUGGAUGGGCCAUUACGUCAAGACAAGAUAUCAAGAUUAUUUAACUAGGGAUUGAUGUAUAAGUAUCAACAAAAGAGUUGGUAGUAAAAUUAGCUAUAGCGAUGGGGGGUGAGGGGUCCCAAAUACAAAACAAAAACUCUUGUUCGGUGAGAGGCCAUAAGCCAAUAAUUCAUAAUUGUUAUUUAUAGUUGAAAGGUGUACAUGCAAUUAAUUAGGAAACUAAAGCAAAAAAAAAAUUUUCUUUUGGAGUCCAUAUUAUAAUUCUUCAUUGGCCCCCCAACCCACAUGGGCCGUUUACAAAAAAGAAACACUUUUUGUUAAUUAAAUAAAUAUAAUUUAUUUAUAAUUUUCUAGCAAAGCAAA